ACAUGCACAAUCUUUAAAAAGGCGUAGCAGAGAGACUUGAAAUGAGGAUUUUAUACUAUGUUGAACUUCAACAUCUAAAUAUUUAUGCAUUGGAAUUUCUUGUUUUCGGGUUGUAGGAGAACUGCUCCACCGUUGUCAUUCCCCAUUUUCAUCAGGAUUUUCUUGCUCUCCCUUUGCGGGAUAACUACGAGCUUGGAUAUUUUUGGUGUUGCCUUGACAUAUACAACGGCAUCUUUGGCUGCUGCGACAUCCAACUCACUUCCAGUUAUUACUUUCUUCCUCGCAGUUUUAUUCAGGAUGGAAAAAGUGAAGCUGAGGACCAGCCCAGGAAUUAUGAAAGUUUCAGGAGUAGCACUAUGUUUGGCAGGAGCAGCAACAAUUGCCUUGUACAGGGGCCCUUUCUUUAAACUUUUGUUACAUCAUCACCUAAUUAAAAGCCACCACCAACAACUUGAAGGCCAUGCAAUUCCUUCUACCCAAACGUGGAUUAAGGGCGUCUUGCUUAUGCUGCUUUCCAACAUAACUUGGGCGUUGUGGCUUGUAUUACAGGGCCGAGUAUUGAAAAGCUACCCUUCAAAGUUCCUCUUAAUAGCCCUACAGUGCUUUUUGAGCACUAUACAAUCAUUCCUUGUUGCUGUUGCUUUUGUAAGAGAUCCUGAUGAAUGGAAACUUGGGUGGGAUGUAAAACUAUUAUCAAUAGCCUAUUGUGGAAUAGUGGUGUCUGGUAUUGCAUUUUAUUUGCAAUCAUGGGUCAUUGAAAAGAAGGGUCCUGUCUACCUCGCCAUGACAACUCCAUUGAUUCUGAUAUUCACAACUGCUGCAUCCACAUUACUCUUUGGGGAGAUAAUUAGUCUUGGAAGUGUCGUGGGAGCACUUUUGCUAGUUGGAGGACUUUAUUAUGUGCUAUGGGGGAAGACGAAAGAGGAAGAAAGGGAGAAGGCAAUUUGUGCAGCAAUAAUUGAUGCUGAGAAAGCCAACGGAGGAUCAAAGGAAGAUACCACAACAUAAGUAAACAUAUAGAUUCAAAUACACACUUAUAUACACGUGUGUGUGGGAGGGUAGUUUAAAAUUCUUGUUUUGCCUCCACAUUCAAGUGCUAUGCUUCUCAAUGGGCACUUACGAGUAAAAAUUUAGAAGGAAGAUGCUGAUUUAUUUUAAGUUUUGCUACACAUGAAGGAUAAUACAAUGCAAUCUA